CAAUGUAAGGGGAGUGUGUACGUAUAUAAAGUGCCGUUUGCAUCCGCGAGCGGGCCCCAGCCAGCCAUGGGAGGCGCGGGGAGCCGGGGCGGGCCGUGCGGGGCCGGCCGGGCUCUGAGGGGGCCCUGAGGGGGCCGCUGCUCGCCCGCGGCCCCAUGGCCGAGGUGGGCGGCUUCCUGGGGGCGCUGGACCCCGAGCUGCACGGCUUGCCCCCGGCUCUGGCCGGGCUGCCCCUCGCCGACCCGGCCGGCUUCCUCAACGAGCGCCUGGGGCAGAUCGAGGGGCGGCUGCAGCGCGGCUCGCCCACCGACUUCGCUCACCUCAAGGGCAUCCUGCGGCGGCGGCAGCUCUACUGCCGCACCGGCUUUCACCUGGAGAUCUUCCCCAACGGCACGGUGCACGGCACCCGGCAGGACCACAGCCGCUUCGGGAUUUUGGAGUUUAUCAGCCUGGCGGUGGGGCUGGUUAGUAUCCGUGGGGUGGAUUCAGGACUCUACCUCGGCAUGAAUGAGAGAGGCGAGCUGUAUGGGUCGAAGAAGCUCACAAGGGAGUGCGUUUUCCGAGAGCAGUUUGAAGAGAACUGGUACAACACGUACGCCUCGACCCUCUACAAGCAUCCCGACUCGGAGAGGCAUUACUACGUGGCGCUGAACAAGGACGGCUCCCCCCGCGAGGGAUACAGGACUAAGAGACAUCAGAAAUUCACUCACUUUUUACCGAGGCCUGUGGACCCUGCCAAAAUACCUGCAAUGUACAGAGACCUCUUCCACUACAGGUGAUGUUUCCGGCAGCUGCCCCGUCAGUGUACAUACUUGGGCUCCCAAGCUUUUUCCCAGAGCACUAUAUUAAUAGUCAUUCCAUCAUUCCUGUAAACGUAGAUGACAUAGGAAAGCACUUACAUUGAAUUCAGACACUGCUGUUCCUCCUUGUUUGAAGUGUAUAUCGAACGUGGGUUAUUUAUGGGGGUGGGGGUAGGGGAAGGGAGGGAACCCUACAUAUAAUCUUUCAUUUUCAUUCACUUUCUUUACUCGGUGGCUGUCAGAGAGGCUGAAUAUUCAGUGUUAUGGUUGCUUAAAGGAACAAACAGGCGAGCAAACUUGAUCACCAGGGGGAAAAAAAUAAAAACAA